AUGGCCACGCCUCCUGUUGCACACCUCAACCCUACCCUACAGGUCAUCCCAACCGCACAGCUCGCCUCCCACAAGUUCAUCAAGCCCACCAAACGCAUCAACGAAGGCCACCACGUCGCCCAUUUCCUCACAUCCAAAGCCUACAGAGACAUCUGCGCCUUCAUCCUCCAACUAAACCACUCACUUUGCCCCCGAAACCAAACCUCCUCGCCCAUCCCCAAAACAUUCCCCCUCGUUCCAGGAUCACCAUCUUCCACGCCUUCCAUCCAAGCUGUCCAGCAGCUCCUAUCUGAAGUUGAGGCUCUCGUCGAACAAGCGCCUCCAGACCCGGGACCACGACGCUUCGGAAACGUGAGUUUUCGGAAAUGGCAUGCCCUCGUCGAAGAAAACCUCGAUUCGUUUCUGGACAAGGGUAUUCUCGGACAAGCCCUCUCCGCCAAGGGUGCGGAUGGCGUCACGGCCAAGGACGAAGCAACCGCCUAUUUAAUGGGCGCGUUUGGGAGCGCACAGAGAUUGGACUACGGGACAGGCCACGAGCUGAGCUUUGUCGCCUUCGUGGGAUGUCUUUGGAAAUUGGGAUUUUUCAGUGACGGAAAGGACGACGGCGACAUUGAGAGAGAAAUUGUCCUCGACGUCAUUGAGCCCUACCUUCGCGUCAUACGCACCCUCAUCCUCAAAUACACCCUAGAACCUGCUGGCUCCCAUGGCGUAUGGGGACUCGACGACCACUCCUUCAUCCCCUACAUCUUCGGAUCCGCCCAAUUCACACGCCCUAUCACGUUCGUGACCGAACCCAUGCCCCUCGAGGGCUCCGUCAAGGGUGCCCCCAAACCAGGAGAUGUCACCAAAGCCGCUGUCGUCGAGGAUCUACGCCAAACGAACAUGUAUUUUUCGGCUGUUGGCUUCAUCAAUGACGUGAAGAAGGGUCCGUUUUGGGAACACUCUCCCAUCCUGUUUGAUAUCUCGGGCAUUAGAGAUGGGUGGGGCAAGAUUAACAAGGGCAUGAUUAAAAUGUUCAACGCCGAAGUGCUGUCCAAGUUUCCCGUGGUGCAGCAUUUCCCCUUUGGGUCAUUGUUUUCCUGGGAUGCAGAUCCUAGUGCUCCGGUUCCCGCACAGAGUGUUCACAUGAUGAACCAACCCGUGGCUGUUGCAGCGUCGACCACCGAAACACCACCUCUGUCUGCUACUGGAACGGCCGCCCCAUGGGCACAGGCGACUAGGAUGCCGCCGCCUCCCGGCCCAGGAAUUCCCUACUCAAGAGUUCCGACAGGACCUAGCACGGGCUCGUUCGCAUCCAGACAGCCUCGAGGCGAGGGUCCUGGUUCAAGGUCUGCUGCAGCACAAAUAACUGUCACCAAGGCGCCAUGGGCACGGGAGUGA